AAACCAUAGACGCGGAGCCACUGGAGGAGAGAGAAGGAAAGACGCGAGGUGUUCGGAACUUCGGAGCCUCGGGUGUUUGUGUUCGCGAAGCAGAAUCCAACAUGGCGCCAGUGAAGGCAGCCAAAACCGACUCCUUGCGGUUGUUCAGGGGACAAGACUACGCCAAGUUAAAAGCCAAGUGUUGGUCAGAAGCUCAGCUGUUCACCGACCCGGAAUUUCCAGCUGAUGCUACCUCGCUGGGUUUCGAUAAGGACGUGGAGUGGAAGAGACCAACGGAGAUGGUGACAUAUCCACAGUUCAUGAAGGAUGUUAACAGAUUUUCAGUCGUGCAGGGAGAAUUAGGAGACUGCUGGUUCGUGUCUGCUCUCUCUGCCAUCACACAGAACCCGGGUUUAUUGAGACGUGUGGUUCCAGCGGGCCAGGACUUCACCAUGAAAUACGUCGGCAUUUUCCAUUUCAGGUUCUGGCAGGGAGGCGAGUGGGUGGACGUGGUGGUGGACGACCAGCUGCCGGUCAUCUACGGCUCCACGCUCUGCUUCUCCAGCUCGAGGAAUAACUCGGAAUUCUGGUCUGCGCUCCUGGAGAAGGCCUAUGCGAAGCUCCACGGCUCCUACGGCGCCCUCAACUCCGGCAAGAGCUACGAGGCGACGGAGGACCUGACGGGGGGCGUGACGGAGCGGUUCCACCUGCACCGCGAGGACCUUCCGCCGCCCCCGAACCUCUUCAGCGUCGUCGCCAAGGCCCGGCAGCGGGGGUCGCUCGUCACCUGCAAUGUUCCGGGAAGCUGCGAGAGGGAGUGCGAGAACGGGCUGGUGACGGGACAUGCCUACAGCCUCACGGGCGCCAGGAGGUGCAGGGUGAACGUCCCCUGGAAACCUUACGUCGAUCUGGUUCGCCUGAGGAAUCCUUGGGGAGAUGAUACGGAGUGGAAGGGCCCCUGGAGCGACGGGUCGGACGAGUGGCGCCUCGUGCCCAGGAGGGAGAGGGAGAGGCUCCAGCUGACGGACGAGGACGACGGCGAGUUCUGGAUGUCCUUUGAGGAAUUCAAAAGGAAUUUUGACGAGGUCUUCAUAACAAGCCUGAACCCUCACACCAUCAACCAGGAAGCCAAGGAACAGCUGUACAACAUGGCCGACGUGGUGACCGAGGCUAUUCUGCACCCUGAACAGCUGAGGGCGCCGGAGGUCAGGGUCUCGAAGGUGUGGGAGGUCGUGACCUAUGAUGGGUCGUGGGUGAGGAAUUCCACGGCUGGGGGGUCGCCUAAUAACCAGAAGCUUUUCAGUAACAACCCUCAGUACCUCCUAAAGCUGACGGAAGCUGACGACGAUACAGACGAAGCUGACAGGUGCGCCGUAAUAGUGUCCCUCACGCAGAAGAAUAGACGCGUAAACCAGCUGCCGCUUCAUCCGAUUGGAUUCUUCGUCUACCAGGUAAACGAAGGAGCCGAAGUACCAACGCCAGCCACCGUGUCUUGGUUCCGGUUCAACGCGCCUCUCUUUUACACCAAGAAGUUCACCCAGACCCGAACCGUGACCCACAGGCUCUCCCUCCGCCCUGGCCGAUACCUGCUCAUCCCUUGUACUCUGAAACACGACCAGGAGGCGGACUACCUGCUGAGGGUGUUCUGUGAGAAGGGCGCGGUGAUGGAAGAAAACGACGAGCAUCCCAUGAUUCUUGACACUCCCGAAGAUGGAAAAUAUCGACUUUCGAUGGUAAUAAUUUUCACUGAACAAUCAUCCAAAACACACCAUAACGAUUCCUUCGAAGUUUCACUGAUUCUAGCCUUCACCUGUCGCGUUUCUCUGCUUGAUGAGAACGCCAAGCAAAGGGACCACACAUCGAUCUUCACCAAGAAACCCUUUCCAGACGCGACAUGA